CUCAUUCUGCCUGCUGUGGCCCUGCUGUGCAUCACUCUCAGCCCUCUGCUGUAGCACCAACAAGAGGAGGAGCUAAAACACUCACAUACUCAGGAACACACGCUCUGACGCAUCAUAGUCUCUCCUCACUGCACGCUCACCGUAAACAGCAUCCAGGCCCUUUCAAAGCAGGGGGAGUCUAGUCGUCUUGUCGCCCACCAUGGAUGUACUGAUGAAAGGGUUCUCCAUGGCCAAGGAAGGGGUGGUGGCAGCUGCAGAGAAGACCAAAGCAGGCAUGGAGGAGGCAGCAGCUAAAACCAAGGAAGGGGUGAUGUAUGUAGGUAGCAAGACAAAGGAAGGAGUCGUGUCAUCAGUAAACACAGUGGCCAACAAGACCGUGGAUCAGGCCAACAUCGUUGCAGACGCAUCAGUCACUGGUGCCAACGAAGUGUCACAGGCAACCAUCGAGGGUGUGGAGAAUGUCGCAGCAUCAACCGGACUGGUCGGUCAGGGAGAGUAUGGCGGAAUGGACCAAGGUGGGGAAGGAGGAGAGGGGUAUUAGUCAUCACCAGGACCUUCCAGCAUCCCUUUUUGCCUUCCUCGUCUCACCAUACCAAGCUCCAGAUGUCCAACAUAUUUUUUUGUGACUUUACAGGGCCAAAAUCAGAACAGACUCUUCCAGAUGCUGCACUCACCCCUCUCCAACACACCAGAGCCCCUCUAACACCCCCACCCCACCCCACCACCACCACCACCAUUACCAUCUAAUUUUUCUGCAGCCUAUAGCUUUCCCUCUAGCUGCCCUUCACCUGUGUGUUAGCAUAUCCUGAUAUAUACCCUGGUGUUGUUGCCACCCAAAGCCUGCCACCCCAUAGAGAAACCUCCAACACAAACACACACGUUCACACCAACAUACUUGAACUGGGAGUAGGCAUGAAACACCCAUUUUCAGAACAAACCAGCAGAUGGCACAAUGAGCCAAUAAGUGACAGUAGGAUACUAAACGGUGUGUGUCAUUGUGAAGCUGAAGGAGUUUGCAUGAAAGGGUGUGUGCGCUGCAACCUGUGUGUUAAUGUCGGCUUGUGAGCAUGUGUAGCAGCUGGCACAUGAAUAAAUUUUCUAGGGUCUCGAGUGGGAAAUUGUGCAUCAAAGACAGAUAUCGCUGUGUUACGUGUGCUUUAGUUUGUUACAGUAGAAUGCAUGAGCAGAUGUUUCAGUGUUAUUUGUGUAGCUCAGUCUGGCUUUGUGUGUGUGUGUGUGUGUGUGUGUGUGUGUGUGUGUGUGUGUGUGUGUGUGUGUGUGUGUGUGUGUGUGUGUGUGUGUGUGUGUUUGUGUGUGUGUUUGCUUAAGCUGAGCAUUUAGAAACAGGGUUAGUAAAGAGAAAAGCAGUGAUGUGGUGUCAUGUGAUGCAUGAGAAUUUCAAAGCACUUUCAAAUGAUCUUCCACCUGGAAACAUGUAAGACGACUGAGCGUUUAACAAUCUUAAAAUUCAACAUUACGACUUCAAAUCAUCUCGGUUUUAAGAAGCUUGAACUAAAACAACCAGAUUAUAUAUUAGAAUUCCUCCGCCAGUCAGCAAUAGUAAUUAUGUCACAAUUAUCUCGUGAAUUUCUCCCAAAGCACUGGUUUUCUUGUCACUGUGACUUUACACUUGAGUUCAAAACGUUUGGGUCAGAAGUUAUUUCCACUAAAGGUCCUUGAUACCACUUCCCAUUCAACUUUGUCUCACAAAGAGACCGAUCAACACUUUUAUUUACACAGAGAACCUAAAGUUUCUAUGCAAACAUGCAGGAAGUGCAGUCCAGAACAACAGAAUAUUUAUUAAAUGUAAGAAUCUUGUUUUUUAUUUAAUGUUAUUUUUAUAUUUUUGAAACUGCUUAUAUAUAUAAUCUCUAUGAUCAGUUUGGAGAGGUUGGGUUUAGAUGUGGGUAUCGUUAUAGGUUUAUUUGUGUGACUUCAGCUGUUCUUUAGCGCUGCCCUCCUUCUGUCUCAGCCAAUCAGAUACCCCAUCUGCCCUCUUGAAGCAUCACACCACCCCUCGCUGCUGAUAAUCUGCAUCAGAGUUGUGUUUGUAUGGGCUAAAUGUGUGUGUGUGUGUGCGUUAAAAUGAAGCAGGUUCAGCCAGCAAUGUGGGCGUGUGUGUUUGUCCUGAGCAGGUAUUUGCUUUUUCUUUGUUUUACUUUGAGGUCAGUUUAAACUGACGACUGCAUGUUGCCUUACGGGAAAAAAAAUAAAAAUAUCUCACUUUCCUUCAGACGCACACAAAUAAAACAACUCUAGAGCUGGCGCAAACACCAACCUAAAUCACACACAUUUUCAGUUGGUAUCAGAUCAGACUCGCUGGUUUUUUUUAAAUAGUAUCUGUGAAAAUAAAAAGGGUUUGUUGAAAUCCA